AUGGCGACCAUUUACGACCCUGCCUACAGAGAGCUGACGAGUCUCUUGAGCUCAAGCGAGAUCAAGGGCGUUGACCCAGCAGUUCUACAGAAACUGAACACCAUCAAAGAACUUUUUGAAAAACGUCAUGAAUACGCAGACAACCUAUCAACAUCUCCGUCAGAUCUGCUGAAUGAAAUUACCAAGGCAACAGUUUCCCAUCCCUGGGACGAGGUGUAUAAGGCGGGAAAAACCUCGUGGAAUAUCAACCCUAGAAUGAUUAGUGGGGUGUGUACAGUAAAGUUUCUACAGUUUAUAAUCAGUAUGGUCAAAGCUAAACGUGUUUUAGAACUUGGAAUGUUUACUGGGUAUACAGCACUGGGCAUGGCCGAGGCCUUACCCUCAGAUGGUGUCCUUCAUACUAUAGAAAUAGAAAAAUAUAUCGAAGAGAUGGCAAAGGGGUUUUUUGAACGAUCUCCUCAUGGCAAAAAAAUACACGUGCAUAUUGGAGAAGCUCGAGAAAUUCUGAGUAAACUUGGAGACGAAGGCCAAAAGUUCGAUGUAAUUUUUCUCGAUGCUGAUAAGCAAUCGUAUAGGAACUAUAUCGACACAAUCUUAGACAAGAACAUGUUAGCUUCGAAUGGCAUCCUUCUUGCAGACAACGCCUUCAAACUGGGAGAGGCCUACACAGCACCCCACACCCCGAAAGACAACCCCAUCCAUGAUUUUAACAGCUAUGUACAGAGUAAACCGGAACUGCAACAGGUUCUUCUACCAAUACGAGAUGGUGUUUUAGCAGUUAAACGAAGCUCAGAAAUUACUGGACUGCCUUGAGAAAUAGUUUCAUUGCAAUGUUCUUUAUAGUCGCUUCAUCAAUAUCAACACCUGCAUUCUAUUAUUGAUAUCUGGUCACGCACCGCACUAUUUUAGCAUUUUCCUGGCCCAGUGACGUUAGGCCUACUGUUAUAUAAAUAUGAUUAACUUUCUAAAAUAAAGUAUUUAGUAAG